AUGGCUGCUCCUGGCUUGGGACCGCAGCGUCACAGGCCUUCUCCUCCACCCUCAUUCCUGAUGGGGCCGAUGAAGACUUCAACUCAUCGCUCCAUCCCCUCUUUCACUUCUGAGGGCCCCACCCAGAAGCAGGUUCUUGUGUUGUUCAGGGGUACCCCUCCCAACCUCACAAAGUUUUUCACUGAGUCGGCCGUGCGUGCGGCCAACGGGUACCUCAGGGAUGGCCGUUCUAUGUUGAAGGUCACCUCCAUUGUCCACACCUACGACGGCUUGUUGUUGGUCACCCCCGCUGUUGCCAGCCCGUCUGACUUGGACGUACUGCGCAACUUCAUCCACGAAAGCCUCCCAACAGGUACCCCGUUCGAGGUCGUGCUCCCAUCGUCGACAUCUUUUAUUAAGAUCCUCAAUGUUCCCUACUUCGACCCCAAAGGGCUGAAGAUCACCCAGGAGGCGCUUGAGAAGGCCCUCCGUACCUUGGUUCAUGCUGAGGUCUUUGCAUAUCUGAGCACCAAGCCUUGGAUCGACUGCGACUCAGCGCACUCCACAUCGUGCACCGUCUACUGCAACAUCUGGGACUCCCAGCAGGGAACCCAUGCCAAGAAGGCCCUUGGCCAACCAAUUUUCCUUGCUGGGUGGUCCUGCGCAAUCAGGCCCGCUGCGCGACACACCAGGGUCCCGCUCUGCCAGCGCUGCUGGAAGUGGGGUCAUUCUACCAUCACCUGCAAGGUGAAACAACUCUCCUGCCCUAUCUGUUCAGGUCCACACAAGCAGAAAGAGCAUCAUCAACAUGCGGGAUGUUGCAAGGGGAACGCGAAAGCGAAGCCCCCUGUGCCGCCCACCCCUCGUGACCAGCCUUGCCCCCACAAGGGCCGCUGUGUUAAUUGCCACAAGGACCACACUGCCAACUCAGCUUCAUGCAAGUUCUGGGCCCAUCACUACAACCAUGAGUGGAUCAUGGCCGAGUAUCAUCAGGUACAUGAGCACACUGCUCGCCGCCAACUUACUAACCCCUGA